CAGUGGCUCAGUUCCUCAAAGACAGACAGAAUAAAAGAUCUUCCUGGGGAGAAAAUCUGCUGAAAUCAGUAUCCCUCCGGCCUGCAGAGAGAAGCAGAGCAAUGAGGAUUUUCCUUAUCCUGGCGUGGAUGUCUUUUGCAGCUCUGUGUCCUCCAGGUUGCGUGGCAGUGACAGGCCCCCGGACGGUGACGGGCCCUGAAGGUGGGUCGGUGUCCGUGACAUGCGGGUAUGACAAGGGCUAUGAGAAGAAUGGGAAGUUCUGGUGUAGAGAAGGAUCUUCCUACCGCUGUUCUAAUGGGGAGCACAUCCUGGAGACCAACGGGUCGGAGGCCAAGGUCCAAAAGGGCCGCUUCUCCCUCCAGGACAACCACAGCCUGCGCACGUUCACGGUUACCAUGGAGCACCUGACCAAGGCAGAUGCUGGCACCUACCACUGCGGGGUGGCGAGGACUGCACUGCCUGAUCUCAGGCACGCUGUGAAGGUGAUCGUGUCCCCAGUUCUUCCUACCUCUAGCUCAACAACCAGUUCAUCAUCAGCAAGAGAGUCCACAGCUUCUACUUCCUCCAAGGAAUCUACUCCUACAUGGGAAGGUACUUCACAGGGCCAAUCCACCACCAACUCUGCCACACAGAGUUCUGCCUCGGAUCAGAAAAUAAUCUUCUAUGUCCUGAUACCCUGCAUCGCGCUGGUCCUCAUUUUGUUCUUAGUCGCUACUCUGAUGUUGGUCAGGGCAUCCAGAAAGAAGAAAAGAGCUUCUGUGCAGCAGGACAAGAAAAUCAACCUAGCAAAUAUGGCAGCCGAGAACAGCCCAGCAGAUCUCAGCACAGAGUAUGAAUUUGUGCAUCCUCACGUCACCACUAACCAGACAGGACUCUACAGCAAUGUCGGGACCCCUUCUGCCUCACUGAACCCUGACACCAGCUACCAGGAAGUCCCAUCCCAUCAUCAGGAUUCAGAAAAUAGAGAAGAGAUUUUUUAUGUCACCAUGCAAGCAUCCAGUCCAGAGCAGCAGCCCAUCUACUGCAACAUGGAGCCAUUCCCCAAAGCAACCCACCCAGCCAGUCCCCCCGGGGAACUCCUGUAUGCUGUUGUGAAUAAGAAGAAAAAAUAAGCUUGGGCCGGGAGACAGUGGGUUUGCAGAUUCCCCUGCUUUGUUUCUACCUGGGAAACUUCACAGGAACAAAUUCGAGAAGCAAUUCUGACCUGGACCAAUAUCAGCAACCACUGUAGGAAGACUGCCUAUGGACUCUGGCAGUUGAGUCUCCAUGGGUUUGUAAGCUGGACAAGCAGCUGGCUGGAGCAAAACAGCUGAAAUUAUGUGUUAAGGGGUUUCAAACUGGCAACUACUGAGAUUACAGACAACAAAAUUACACAAGAGGAUAUUCAGGAGGACAAGGAGCUUGUGCCAGUAUACAAAAUGGGAGCUAAGAGCAAGAGGACACUGAAAUGGUAUUUGCAUUUGGCAGUCCACUAGAAACUCCAGGUUCGAUCAUUUCAUAGAAUAUGGACAAUGGGCCCUGCAGCUAGGACAUCAUGGCUUAUGUUUUUUACCAAAUUUCUAGCUGUAUUUUUUUCUGGUCCAAGGAACUUCCUGUUGCAGACCGGAAAAGACCCAAGAGGUGGCCGUCACAGUCACUGCUUUCUCCUGAUAGACAAAGUGACAUCUUCUCAGCCCUAAUCCCACAAGCAAAACUACGUCCUGCAGAGUUCUGAGGCUACAACUAUCAUGCUGGUACAUCUAGGGAUUUGAGAGGUCUGAUAAUAAAUGUUUUGGGUGAUGAAUGAAAGGAACUGAGGGUGGAGUGUCUUCCACCUCCAGGAACAGUAUGCUCGUCCCCACCUCUGAGAUAAAGGACAGAAGAAAUGGAUGCAGGUAUCAGGGAUAUGGAAAAGAAAGACAGCUCAUAUUCCCCUGAUUACCCUUGUGAUUAAAUCCUCCAUGAUCUGGAAUCAAAUCAAGUCAUUUACAACAUAGUUUCCAUGGAACUAAACCUGGAACUAGUUGGACACAAGUGCUCAUCUUCCAAGGAGAGAGAAACAAAAGUGCUUGGGGAAAUGGGACUUUAUGGUGUAUUUGUGUUUGUCAGUAA